UUGCAAAUUGCAAUCGACGACAAAGGACGAAGCCUGAAGCCUGGAAUAAGAUUACAAGUGAGCAAAUAAAAAGUAGGUAGUUGGCAAUUUCUCGCGUCUCGGAAAAGCAAUUUUCAAACCAUUCAAUUCGCGUUCUUUGAUUUUCAAAGGCGACGCGCUUCUAACGAAGAAGGUGCAUUCUUCAUUCGUAUCUUUUCAAUAUCUGUGAUCUUUGAGUCUGUUCGAUACAAGUUCAUGGCUGCUGCACCUAGCGCUCGAGCCCAUUCCUAUGGUCAAACCGAGAUUAACUGGGAUAAGCUUGACAAAACUAAGUUUUAUGUCGUAGGAGCUGGCCUCUUUACAGGAGUUACUGUGGCACUGUACCCAGUCUCUGUUGUGAAAACCAGGAUGCAGGUCGCAUCAAAGGAUGUUGCGGAAAAAAAUGCUUUUUCUGUCAUCAGGGCCAUGCUAAAAGCAGAUGGGGUUCCUGGUCUAUACAGAGGAUUUGGUACAGUCAUAACUGGGGCAAUUCCUGCCAGGAUCAUUUUUCUUACCGCUUUAGAGACCACAAAAGUGGCUGCCUUAAAGAUGGUUGAACCAUUUAAAUUAUCUGAGCCUACAGAGGCAGCCAUAGCGAAUGGUUUAGCUGGCAUGAUAGCAUCCCUAUUUUCUCAGGCUGUGUUUGUUCCAAUUGAUGUGGUUAGCCAAAAGUUGAUGGUACAAGGAUAUUCAGGCCACGCUAAGUACAGUGGGGGUCUGGAUGUUGCUCGUAAGGUUAUAAAAUCUGAGGGCAUUCGGGGAUUAUACAGAGGGUUUGGUCUAUCUGUUAUGACUUAUUCCCCAUCUAGUGCUGUAUGGUGGGCAAGUUAUGGCUCAAGCCAACGCUUGAUCUGGAGUCUCUUAGGCCAAGGCAUUGACCAUGAGGAAGUUGCUCCUAGCCAGUCAAAAAUAAUGUCAGUUCAAGCAACUGGUGGAAUUGUUGCGGGAGCUACAGCAUCGUGCAUCACAACCCCUUUGGACACCAUCAAAACCCGCUUACAGGUGAUGGGAUAUGAAAAACAAAAAACUGCAAGACAAGUUGUUAAAGGCUUGAUUAUGGAUGAGGGUUGGAAAGGUUUAUACAGAGGAUUGGGUCCAAGAUUUUUUAGCAUGUCUGCUUGGGGAACGUCAAUGAUAUUGACUUACGAAUAUCUGAAUGGUGAGUUCCUGCUGGAUAACCCAGAUAUGGCUUAGGAAGGAAUCCUGACAGUGAAGUGCCUGUUGGUGACUUCCACCCAAAGACAUCAAAAUUCCUACUAGGCCACUUAAAUAUGAGAAUUGGUGAAGCAUAAUUUGUAAAAUGAUAAAUAUUGGCUUAGGACAACAAUAAAAUGGGAAAUAAAGAAGGAAAAUCUUGAUCUCAACUCAGGUCAUUGAUAAAAAUGCUGUUUGUUAUUGAUUAGAACAAUCAUGUGUCAUACUGAGUCUAUGGAUGGAUGGAUAACCAUUAAUGAUAUAAUUCUUAUGCCGCAUCUCACCUGCUUGAGGUUAUUUUAUGGUUAACUAGUGUCUGCAAAAUAUGUUUUUAACGGUUACUGUAAUGUGGCUUCAAAAAUGGUUGGUAUUAGGCUACAAACGGGAAUCAUGUGGUAUAAUUAUUGUACGUAAUUACUUAUAAAAAAAUAAUUAUUGUAUGUAAUUUUUUUUAGAAGAUUUUAGUCAGCCUUCUAUCAGGAACUGAUAUAGGCAGCAUGUAACUUACAUAUAUAUUACCCAUGACAAUUUCUUUAUAUCAUGAGAAUCUACAGGGCGCACACAUGUAUGAAUGUAUUUAUUAGUGGUUAACUUCAAUGGUGAAAAACAAAACAUCAUUCAUGGUUUCAGCCUCUCUCUCUCUCUCUCUCUCUCUCCCUUCAUUUCCUAAUUAUCAAUGAAUGAAGAAUGUCUGAUGGCAAUCCUUUUACUGUGAUAUAUUUGUGCCUCAAAAUGUUUGUACAAUUCAGGCGUAUUCUGCAAAGCAAAACAAGGAAAUGAUUUUUCUCCAUUUUCUUUAUAUUUUUGAGGUUUUCAGACCUUUUUCUGUAUUAAUGCAUAUCACUCUCUCCAUUCCCUAUUUUUCUAUAUUUUGCAUGUGACGCAUAUUUGCAAGGCGUAUUCUUUUGGAAGCUAUUUUACUCUCUCUCUCUCUCUCUCUCUCUCUCUCUCUCUCUACAGCCAUAUACAAUCAUGUUUAUGUAUAUAUGUAUAUACACAUGUAUUUAGCU